AUGUCUGUGUUCUCCGGAGCCACGCCCACUUUGGCGCAGUCGGCUAACAACUUGAGGUUUAAACACAUAUGCUACACGUGUCACGUCACGUACCGGUUUGCUAGCACUGAGUGCGGGCAGCGUGCUGCGAGACUGCUAGGUGUCGCCCCCGAAGACCUGGCGAGAUCCGUGUUCUCUGGAGCCACGCCCACUUCGCCACAGUCGGCUAACAACUUGAGAACACCAUCGCCUUCAAACGAGCGAGAGAUUUCUGGCACCGAAGCAUUGGAUGCUUUCGUCACAGGCCUUUACAAUGAAACUUUCAACAUUGUCGCAGCACUAGUUAACAGGAGUCUAUCAACGUCAGCGCGGACCAUGGCCUCAGUCCUGCUGUUAGACAGUCCUGGCGCUGACAACCCGAUGUGCGCCGGCCAGCAGAGCGGCGCGCCGCUGUCCAAACUGCUGUCCAACUACCUGCAGGAACGCCUGCAAGCCGUAUUCCACGAUGCCAUGCUGGUAGCGCCGCGGGAACGCUACGCGCAGGAAGGCAUCACCCUCGACGACGGAGCUGAAGAAGAUUGGCUGUCCGAGACAGUGAACCCGGGCCCGAUGGUGGAGCUCCUGGACAAGUCUCCGCAGAACACGAUCGUGCGCAGCUCGCAGGCUGACUUACGAGACUGCGACCGCCGCGGCCUCUUGUGGUUGCUGGACGAAGAGUCAAUGUACCCUGGCUCGUCCGACGACACAUUCUUGGAGCGCGUGAUGACGCACUACGGCGCGCCCAACCAGACCCAGUACCUGAUCAAGAAGGCGCCUCAUGCGAGACAGUUCGUCUUACAGCACUUGCAGGGCACCAAUCCAGUUCUGUAUGACGUCACUGGCUGGGUAAAGGCAAGCCGCGAGAGCCCUGUAACCAAGAAGGCUCUCACUCUUCUGCAGGAGAGUCAAAAUGAUGACGUGGGCCGCCUCUCUUCCUGGGCCCGCGGCGCGUGCGGCGCCGGCUCGUGGUCGGCGUCGGUGGGAGACGCGUCUACGUUGCGACGCGCGUCAUCUAUCCGACGCACGCUUACUUCAG